UUUGUUAAUGAAUUUCCUCUUUCAAUUUAUAUCCCAAGUCCCAACCCCAUAUAAAGCUAAACCCACAAGUGAGAAACAAACAAACAAACAGAAAAACAGAGGAUGAACUCUGUUUGCAUAUCAAACUGCGUCAACGACGCACGUGACCCACGCGUGCCGGUUCGCGCCUCGUAUGUGAAUCUCUACAAGUGGCCGGAAUCCGAUGCAGAGUUUGUGAAAUCUGUGAGCUUAAACGGAAGAAGAGGAUCGUCACACGUGUACGAUCAUCCAAGGGUGGUGGACAGUAUCUCCUGCAGACAGAUGUAUCUUAGGAGCUAUACAUUUUCGAGAAAAGAAACGGUUCCGGAGAAAACACAGAAAUGUUUUGGGAGGGUCAAAGACAAAGUGAAGAGACGAAAUGAAGGUAGUAGGAGGAAGUGUUUGAUUUUGAGGAAAAUGAAGGAAGUUUCUUGCAAUGCUUUGUUUCGGAUUUUUCAUAGGUUCUUGUCUUGCGGCGCGAGUGUUGACGUUGUUGUUGAUGAAAAACAACCACAUUGACCUUUUUUUUUUUUUAAUAAAUUUAUGCUUUGAGA